AUGGCUCUAGAACUGAAGUUGCAUAGUCCUGCUGGUGAACCCUGCGCCGUUUUUACCUGGCCCCUUGAAAAACCCGAAACUAAAAAAGACGGCGUUUUUGUCGGUGGAGAUGAAAUCGUCAAGACAAUUCAGCUUGUGUGCGAGGAUUAUCCACAGUUAUAUCAACAAAACUUAUGUUUGGACAAUUGCGAUAUCCACUCAUUUCAAAAAAUGAAAGAACUGUGUGAUAAAUAUAACAAAAUUAUUGAUACGUUAAUUCGAUUAAAUCGUGGAACUGAAGCUUUUUCAGCUCGAUUCCAGCAGCGUGCCAGUCAGAAAUUAUUCAAACAUAUAUUACAACAAGUUUACACACGUGCUGUCACUAAUCCAGAAAAACUAAGAACUUAUGAGCCAUUUUCACCAUCGGUUUAUGGAGAGACAUCGGUUGAUUUAAUUGAUAACAUUAUUAAGAUCAUUGAUUUGAGAAAAGAUGAUACAUUUAUAGAUCUCGGUAGCGGUGUUGGAAACGUCGUACUCCAAAUCGCGGCACUUACGGAUUGUAAACACGUCUAUGGAAUCGAGCACGAAGAAAUACCAGCGAAAUAUGCGGAAGCUAUGGAAUCAGAGUUUCGAUUUUGGAUGAGAUGGUAUGGUAAAAGAUUUUCAGAUUUUCAACUAGAACGUGGCGAUUUUCUCCUUCACGAGAAAAUAAAUGAUCGUAUUAAAGAAGCCGAUGUUAUUUUCGUUAACAAUUUUGUAUUUGGUGCAAAUGUUGAUCAUGAAUUGAAGCUGAAAUUUAUGAAUAUGAAGGAUGGAGCCAAAAUUGUAUCAUCGAAAGAAUUUUGCUCAAUUGAUUUUCGUCUAAAUGAUCGAACAAAAAAUGAUAUUGGAGCAGUGAUGCAAGUUAGUAAACCAGAUGAACUAUAUGGCAAAGUAUCGUGGUCAGAUAAAAGUGUUCACUAUUUUCUACAUACCAUUGAUCAUAAAAAAUUGGCAAAAUAUUAUGAAGAUAAAAAACGACCACAAAGUACAAAAGUAUCAAAACCAAGACUUAACACUAACGGAGAGGACGAAAAUUCCUUGAGUUCGACAUCGAACAAUUCCCCGACUUCUUCAUGCUCGUCGAAAUCAUCACCUAAAAUCGUCAAAUUAAAGUCAACUAAUGCCACAAAAUCAUUGAAACAUGAUGAAAAUAAACCACCGAUUAGUAAAAAGCGAAAAAUUCAAGUACCAUUGACAUCUGUCACAACAAGUUUGCGAAAAACGUCAACAGUCACACGAAAUCGUCGAAAACCGGACAAAUUUUGUUCUGAAGAUGAAGAUAUUGAAGACGAUGAUUUUGACUUGAGUAUGGAUGACGAUUUAGAUGACAAUGAACAUCUCAGCACUAAACGGCGAAAAUCAUCGACACAUUAUCGUAACACCUUAGGUGAAUUACAUAAAGCUGCUGAAACCAUGAUAAACCCGACGAAUAACAACAACACUCAUCAUUCAAGUACAAGCACAACAGUUUCAAAUGAAAACCGUUAUAAUUAUCGUGAAAUGACAAAAUUAUCUAAUGAUAAUUUAGAAUUAAAACAUUUUCGUGAUUUAUGUGUAUUGGAACACGAAGAUCAACGAUUUUCGAAUUUUGUCAAUGUUUAUCUUCAUGAAUAUCGUAAACGUUUAAUUAAUUAUUUUAAUUAUAUGAAAACCGAACAAUAUCAUCAAUACGUAAAGCAGCAGCUAGACGAUGAAAUAGAUUUGAAUAAAUCAUUAAAAGGAAAAAUUGUUCAUUUAGAAAAUUCUAUUGAAACAUUGUUGAACGAAAGUAUUGAAUUAUUAAAAUUACGAACAAAAGAAUUGGGUUUUGAAAAUUUACAAAAACCAGAUGAAUUAAUAACGUAUGCAAAUAAUAUAUCGAAUACACACAAAGAGUUAUGUUGUAAAGUGGCAUCGUUAAAUAAAGAAAUUAAUGAGUUAGAUACUGAAAAUGAAGAAAUGGCAACAUUUUUAAAUGGACUUACACCAAACAGUGGUAUAAAUGAACAGAAUUUAAACAAUGAAGUACAAGAACAGCAACAACAUGUAACUGAACAAAAUUCUCCUGUCCUCAAUAAAAUUCAUAGUCUAAAUAGCAAAGAAACGGGAAAUAAUAAUGGCUUACAGACAGACAACACCUAUUCAUCAUUGUUAGCAAGUAUGAGUGUACAAACACAAUUAGAACGUGAUCGUCAUAAUAAUAAUAACAACAACAACAAUGCGAAUACUAAUCAGAUAUUGGUCGAGCGUAUUACACCCAAUAUGUUAAACGCAACUGAACCAACGUUGACUGUCAAGUCAACAAAAGAAACAAUUUGCGCUGAAAAUACACUACCAUCGAUUGAAAAAAAGCGAAAUGAUAUAUGUUAUUCACCAAUUAGUCCAACAAAUGAAGAGAAAGAUUUAACGGUGACCAUGGAAUUUUUAACUAAUAAGCCACAGAAUAUAGCUCAACGAAAAGAAGAAACAUAUCAAAAUAAUUCAAAAAAAGAACCAUCGAAUAUUGUAUCACCAUUAAAAUUAGUAAAAAUCAAUGAACGGCCCAAAAAUGGUCGACGAUCUCCAUUACGUAGUGCACAAAUUCAAACGUUGUCGGCGAACAUUAAUAAUUUGCUGUCGACGAAAAAAAUUGAACCAGUACAGGUUCAUUCAGUAGUGACUCGCCCUCAUGUUUAUGAUAAUAAAUAUCAACAAGAACACCAAACACUUAAUCGUCAUCAAUUAAAUUUAGCCGAUAAAGUAUCGUUACAUCCAAUCGAUGUUAAACAAGUGUAUCAACAACUCACAAUAACACAACCAAUACUAUCGAAUAAUAUCAAAAUGGAGCAAUUAAAUAUAGCAACAACAUCCUCGCCUAAAAAGAAACGUGAUUAUUUUGGUAAGAGUUCUGGUUCAACAUGUUCAUCUGUGUCUUCAUCUUCAAACGAUAUCGAUCCAGUAUGUUCCACGUCAUUAACAACGAGCGAUAUGUCUAGAAACUAUCAAUCUUUGAAAACCGUAACAAUAGCUAAAAAUAGAAAUCACCAGCAUUCCCUAAAAAAUAAUGUACUAAAAACUCUUGCUAGUGAAAAAGAUUUUACUAGGCCAUCGUCGACACCAUCAUCCUCAUUAGCAGCAGUAACACCGUAUCGACCAAAAUCAAUUCCAUCGAUUUAA